CAGCUGCGUCCCGCGCGCGCCUCGCCGCCCCGCAGCUGCCCCUCCGCCUGUAUCUGCACCUCCGACCUGCUGAGCUGCAGCCGGCAGACCCUGCAGCGCGUGCCCCGUGCGCUGCCGCCCACCGCCACCACGCUGGACCUGAGCCACAACGCGCUGAGCCAGCUGCAGGACGGCUGGCUGGCCGCGCUGCCGCACCUCGAGGCUCUGCACGUCGGCCACAACCAGAUCGGCGAGCUGUCCCCGCGGGCCUUCCACAACGCGUCCUGCCUGCGGCACCUCGACAUGUCCUCCAACCGCCUGCGCGCCGUCGAGAAGCACUACUUCGAGGAGCUGGUGAGCCUGGAGGAGCUCCUGCUCUACAACAACCGCAUCGCGCGGGUGGACGAGAACGCCUUCGCCAAGCUGAGCGGGCUGAGGAAGGUGUACCUGAGCUGGAACAACCUCACCUCCUUCCCCUUCCACGCGGUGCAGGGCCUGGGCAACUUCAGCCUGCGCACGCUGGACCUGUCCUCCAACAGCCUGAGCAGCCUGCCUGUGGAGGAGCUGGCGGCGCUGCCCGAGCACGUCCGCAACGGCCUCUACCUGCACAACAACCCCGUGCGCUGCAGCUGCCCGCUCUACCUGAUGCUGCAGCGCUGGAGGCAGCGGGGCUUCAGCUCCGUGCGGGAUUUCUUCGAGGAGCACACCUGCAAGGUAUCCGACGCCGUGCCGCGCUCCCUGAUCAAGCUCCUCAAGUACAACCACCUGUUUGAGAACUGCUCAGCCGAGCCAGACCCCGCGCAGCCCGUGCCCUUCCCGGUGACGGUGGGCCGGGUGCUGCUGCUGGCCUGCAACGCCAGCCUGCCCCACGUCGCCUACAUGUGGAUCUCCCCACACCACGAGCCCAUCUGGCCCCCAGGGAACGCCAACCGUUCCGUCGAGGUGUUCCUCAACGGCAGCUUGCGUAUUGCGUCCGCCCAGCCCUGGCACUCGGGGGUCUACGUCUGCUUGGCCAUCGACGGCCCCCGCAACGUCAGCCGGCUGUGCGAGGUCAACGUGACGGUGCAUUACUCCAAGCCAGAUGGGGAGGCGUUCAGCACCGGCCUGACCACGCUGCUGGGCUGCAUCGUCAGCCUACUGCUGGUGCUCGUCUACCUGUUUGUGACGCCGUGCCGCUGCCCGCCGUGCUGCAGGACGGCCCCCCCCAGCCCCCCGCAGGAGUGCAGCGCACAGUCCUCCAUCCUCAGCGCCACACCGCCCACCACCGACGGGCCCAGCCGCAGGGCCAGCAAGCACGUGGCCUUCCUGGAGCCUGCCCGCGAGGUGCUGGAUGGCAAGGAGCGCCAGGUGCCCGCUGAGGGCCUCCCCGACGGCAGGCACCCUAAGGUGCUGCAGCUGCGCUCGGACACCGAGUCCAUCAGCUCCGUCUUUUCAGACACCCCCAUCGUGUCGUAG